AUGGGACGGAACAAGUCGCCGGAGACGGCUGAGACCCAGUUGUCUCCGAGAGGUGUCCGCCGUUCGUCGCGUCUUCAUCCCCUCGGGGCGGACGGUGGGCAACCAGACGCUCUCUCGCCGGUCGCAGCUGCGCCUUCAGUAGUCCGUGCCAAGUCGCCUCGUCUUCUGCUUCCGUCCUGCUUCCCGCCUGCGUCGAGCCCAAACAGCCGAAUCGCCCCACACCGCGGCGGGGUCGGAGGGCCAGCCGGCGGGGCGUCGGGGGUAGAGCGCCCCACAAAUGUCGACGGCGCAGAGGUCGCAGCUUCGGGCUCCAAACGGGGGACUCGGGCAGACCGAGACGCAGUGAGCGAAACCCGUCGUUCGGAGAGACUCGAAAGUGGAAAAAAAGCGCUCUCUUCUCUUUUUGGAGACACGCACAACACGCCGCGGGCCAUGACGCCUAUUGCGAGGACAGCAGGACUUGUGGCGUCUCGGCUUCCGCCCUCAGCUCUUGUCCCGGCGUCUCCUUUCUCCGGUGACAGGCAGACACCCCGGAAGUUGUCUCCUCCACAGGGGGCGUCGAACCUCCGCGGUCGCGGAUUCCGAGGGAAGUUGAAGGAGGGAGCGAUCGAGAGCAGAAGAAACGGAGAUGAGGGGAACGGAGAGGGUGGAAGAGACGAAGGGAGAACUGCCUCAUCGGGGAGGCACGUGCCAAAGAAAGCAGUGCGAGGCAGAGACGACGGGGCUGUGGGCCGGCGGUCUUCGAGGCUCCAGAGCCUCGAGGCAAGUCGCUGCGUCGCUCACGAAGGCGCGAAAGUGGUAGCCUCGUCGACGGCAUUUCCCGUGGGGGCGUCCCGGACUGUCGCGGCUCUCGACGCACCCCUCUCGUUCGCGUCCUCCACGGACGCCUCGCCGGCUUCGUCCUUCUCUUUCUCCCGGCGCAACACGCCUCGAAAUGGCGAGCAGGGGAGCGAGGAGACAGAAGACGCGCGCGAGCAGCCGAUCGCCGGCCGGACGCGUGCCUACCUCGCCCUUCCUCAAAAGGACGAGUCUUCUCCCGCGUAUUCGAUGCUGAGCAGACUGCGUGGGCGAGAAGAAGCCUCGCCGCGGGCGCCAGCGAGCGCGUCUCUCGCGAAUCGAAAAGAACUCUCUGUCUCGGAGACGAGACAGCCGGCGCGGUCCCAGCGGGGUGCAUGCGGCGUCUCGGCCGGCAGAGAAGAGCCAGCAGACAGAGACGAGAGACAAGGAGGCGGGCUCCGAAGAGGUCGUCGAGACGCAGAAGUGGGGGAACCCGAGGUGAAGCGGGAAAAGACCGGAGAGCUGGAGGAAGUGGUGGAAGAGGAGUCGAGUGUCGUGCUGAGUGGGGUAAAAAACUGUGCUUUCCAGGUUGUGACGGUGGAAGAAGUCGCGAGAAGAAGGAAGAAGCAAGUCGUCCGCACGCAGCGCCUCAGUGCACGAGCGCAGCGCGAACAGGAUCAACUGAGAGAUAUUCUCCAGAAACAAUUCGGCAAGCGCGGGUCAUUCUGGGGUGGCUGCGGAUGGAUCCCUGCCCCGCCGGUGACGACCGCGCAGGAGGCCAGGGGAGCCGGACAGAAAACAGCCGGUGUCUCGACAGCUCACCGAUCUCAAUCGGCUUCCCACACGUGGCAACCCUUUAUCUUCUGUCCGUACUUUGGAGAAGAACAUCGAAGGGUGUACAGACACCGACAUCCGCGGCUGUACAAAGCGCUCCUGGCCUGCGUCCAGGAAGGCAAAGUUCACGACGGCGUUCAGGUCAUUCGGCUGCUGGACUUCCGUCACCCCGUGCGGUUGGUCACCCCGGAGGAAGAAGACGCCUACUCGCUUCGGUACGUGGGGCCGCGAAUCUCUGCGGAGCACCGCGAGCGCGUGAUCUUCGGAGAAUACACUGGCUACGUGAGCAGCGACGAGGACUUGCGCGCAGACCACCCGCAAUACUGCUUUCAGCUGAAGUUCCAUCGCGAAGCCUUCCGAGACCCGCACUUGGUGAGGACGCGCGGAGACGACGAGGGAGCAGAGGCUCCCCGUCGCGGGUGUGGAAAGAGCGAGAAGGCCGAGCAGAAGAAACCGGAGAGAGGCGGCCCGAGGAAAUGCGGAGGCGACCGCGCGGAGGAAACCUUCCAAGACUGGGACGCACGAGACGACAGGAAAGCGGCUGCUGGGUUGCCCUCGUUAUCGUCGCCUCCCCUGGUGUCCAUUCCGCACGACGAGAUGUACGCAGUCGACAGCACCGACGAGUUCAACGAGAUGUCGAUGGUAAACCACUUUCAGACGGUGGAUUUGUUUGGCCGCCGCAAAUGCCGCAUAAAUGCGGAGUGGCAAGUGGUGUACGUGGACGCGUGGCCCCACAUCGUUUUGACCUCGAUCCCUGGAGUGCCGAUCAACCCUGGAGAAGAGCUUCUCGCAGAUUUCGGCUACGACUGGUUCGAUCAGAUCAAUGCGCAGUGCAUGCGCUACUGCCGGCGGCAGCUGCAGGCGAUGAGGCUUCGAGACAAACUGUCGGCGGGGGCGCUGCGGGCGUUUCUGCGCGAGCAGGAAGAGGCUGACGAGGAGGAAGACGAGACGUUCUCGACAGACCAGCUGUGCUUCUUGUGCUACGCGAACCAGAAGCCAGGCAAAGAGACGCCUCGCCCAGGCGAGAGGAGCGAGGCCCGACAGCGGGGAAGCACGGGCCAGCAGCCCGGCGGACGCGAGAGUGGAGACGGAGACGCUGGACAGGACGGAGCGGAGGGAGCGGAGGCGGAAAAGGAAGAGGAGGAAAGGGAGACAGGGGCAGAGCAGAAGCCUUCGAGCGGGGGUGCGUCUGUGCGUAGAGUGGGGAACCGAGAAGGGAAGAAGGGCGGGGGAGAAGGUGAACAGGUGGAGCCGAGCGUCGGUCUCUCGAGGCGGAGGCAGGGACAAGCACAGCCACCCAAACGGACGCCUUUGGGAAAAACGCGCAGAGGCGAGAGGGGCGAGGGGCGACAACGAGGGAACGGCGAGGAGACAGAAGAUGAGAGAAACGAAAAAGAAGAAAGAGGGAUCGUGUGCGACGGAUGCAACCGCGCCUACCACCUGGAGUGUAUACACCGAACCGGCGACCCUCCCUCAGACGAAUACGAGUGGUUCUGUCCCCUCUGUAUCCUCUUCGCGGAACGAGUUAACGAAACGCGACAGACCAGAAGACAAGACGAAGAAAAACGACAGACGCACGAGUGCAGUCUCCCCCUCCGAGAGGACACUGACGGAGAGAGAGAGAACGAUGCGAGAGACGAGGUGACGGAGCGAGCGACAAACCUUUCUGAAAAGGGAGACCAAAACGAACCGUCUCAAGACCUCGCUCCCUCCGUUCCUGCCAUACCAUCGUCGUCGUCUUCCUCGUCUCUUUCCGUCGUAGGCUGGCCGUGUCAAUCGUCCCAUGAAGACGUGGACAGUGCGGCAGUUUGUCUUGAUUCUGCUCAGCCGUCUCUUUCCUGUUCGUCUGCAUCCCUUGCCCCUUCUUCUCUAGAGCGUCCACAGAAUCUCCAUGCUUCAGGCACUUCGCCGCCGCCGGAUUCAGAGACCCCACGGUCGUCUUGCCUGUCUUCGAGCGAUUCGGCUUCUCUUUCCUCUCCCUCUUCCUCUUCGUUCUGUUCGUCAUCUUCCGCCUCUUCCUCUUCCGCCUCUUCCUCUUCCGCCUCUUCAUCUUCCGCCUCUUUAUCUUCCGCCUCUUUAUCUUCCGUCGCUUCAUCUUCCGCCUCUUCAUCUUCCUCCUCUUUAUCUUCCGCCUCUCCGUCUUCCUUGUCUCUUUUUUUCGCUUCCUCCACGCCUCGACAGGGAGAUCCGGCAGUGGAGGGCGGGGGUGCGGAGGCGUGCGCGUCUCCGUUUUCUCCGCAUGCACCACUGGCUUCGAAGGGAGGGCUCGAACCGAAGCUCUGUCCCGCGUCCUCUCUGCAGUCUCCGUCUGCCUCAGCUGUCCCUGCGUCACCUCCCGUCGGGGCGCUGCCGUCGCGGAGCCGUCCUGGCGCCUCCUCUGUUUCUCCCUGUGAGAGGCAGGCUCCGGAGACGAGGGCAAACGAGCUUGCGACCGCGGACUCCGGCGCGGGUGUCUCUUCUCUUCCUUCCGGCGUCCCCCCGGCUCCGGUGCCCUCGCCGAAGAAGGCACAGGGCGUGCGGGAGUCGCCGCGCGUCGUGAAGCCCCGCACCGUUUUCUCUUCUGUCUCAGAGGCGCUCGCUGCCCAGGCGAAGAAGGUCCAGGUUCGGCCUUCUCCGUCCGCGGGGGAAAUGACAGCCGAGCAGCAUCGCGGCAGACUCACCGAUCAGCCGACGCUUCCCGAGUCUCCGCAUCUCUCGACACUGCUCCCCUGCCGCGCGUGCAGAAGUCGCUUCGGAGACGACGCGAACGGAGUCACUUGCCGAAUCUUCAAACUCCACUUGGAAAAGAACUUCUCGGAUCCGGGCGAAGAACCUGCGACGGAAACGCCUCUGGAGAUAUGUCAUGACAUCAUCACAGCACUGAGGAAAGUGGUGAUGGACUACCGCAGAGAAGAACUCGACGCGCAGGCCGCAGCGGCUCCGCCCGCCGUACCAACCGCAUGCACCGACGCGGACCACGCAAAAGAGAGCGAAGAGACUAAGGACGGCUCCUUUGAAGCUCGAGACUUUCCUGACUUGGUUAGUGGAGAGACUCUGCUGGCGCGUAUGAGCCGACCGUCGCAUCGGUUUGUUCCUCUCCUCGGCGUUUAUCUGGGAGCGACAAAACUCGAGAGACGGCGGCCCGCAGGAGUCCACGUGGGAAGAGUCGCGCGUCUCAUCAGGGACGCAGAAGACGGCGCCCCGAAGAUCGUUGUCAAGUACGAGGACGGAGACCAGGAGAUCUUCUCGCCAAAGUACUUCAUGACCGAGCUGCUGUGUCAGGCGCUUCGGCCCCGGCAGCACGUCGGGGCGUCUCCGUUUGAAUUUCUCUUUCGCUCCGACAUGUUCCCGUAUAUAAGCCGAGAGACGCGCCGCCACACACGCCUGCCGAUUCCCCAGUCGUCUCUGUGUGCGGCGUCUUUUCCCGAGGGCGGCUGGGCCGAGGAAGGGCGCGGCCUCGCCUCGCCAGGCUUUUCUGUCGAGGCCGAGUUGCUGCAAGCUGUCGCGUUGUCGGGGGCGAUGUCUGUGGCCGGGGCGCAGUUCAGUGAGAGCCGCAGCCUGGUCGACUGCUUCCUGAGGGUGUACGAGGAGGAAGAACGCGAGGAGACAAGGAGCGAGACGCGGGAGGAGAGACAGCGGAGACUGGAGAAGUGCCUCGAAGACGACUGGGCUGCAGUGUUCUGUUUUCUGUCGGCGUGUCUGCCGUCGCUCUUGGUCGACGGACGCGAGAAGCGAACGCGGAGCGUCUUCGCGCUCUCUGGAAGUGCGCUCGACACCCUGGCUUUCCUGUGCCAAGGCAACGGCCAAAUCGGACACGGCGACGACUUGAGCCACCGGCCUUUCCUGUCGCUGCUAGCCUCCUUCUCGACGCGCGCCUCUUCGUCCGCCAGCAGCACCCGCCCCGGCGGCUCAGACGCCCCGCGCUCGCCCUCGAAGCGGCGCCGACUCGGGCCUCCGAGGGGCGAGGACGGCGAUUGCCAGGCGGCCGCGCGAGUUCGCGGAGACAAAGACACAGAAGAGAGAGACGGUGCCCCGCUCACGGGCUGGGUCGCCGACCUCGUGAGCAGUCUCGACGCCGCGUCGCCCUCGGACUCUCCAGUCGCGCUCUGGGGCCCCGGAGGCGUUCUCCCGCCUGUCGGCCUCUACCUUGCUCCAGACGAAGAAAUCGAAUGGGGAGACGAGGCCUGCGAUGUGGACGCCGCGUCGCCCCGCUCUCUGGCUGUCUUUCCUCGUCCCCACACGGCAGCCGUGGCGAACGCGGUGGCGGGCGCUGCGGCGUCACUCGUCGAUAUGGCCGUGAGGCGGCGAGGCGCGUCGCCCAAGACAGCUGAGCACGAAAAGCGCGAUACGGCGCCUGUCUUCCUCUCGCGAUCCGUUGACCUUUGCUUGAGGAAAAACGAAAUGGAGGAGAAGGCCGUCGACGCGUGGUUCGGGCGCCCCCCACAUGCGCCACUCGCCACUGCGGCGGUUCGUGUGUGCAGCGGGAGCAGCGCAAAGGGGCGUCGGCGCGAGGGGAACGAGGAGACACGUGAGGCAGGAGAGUUUGAAGAGGCGGAAGGCUCCGAGAAAACCCACGCGAGGGACGGAGGACAAAGGCCAGGAGGACGAAGGGCGCACGCACUCGCCGACCGGCGCGGAGGCAGCGGGAGUCUCUUCGCAGACUUCGCGAUAAGCCCCGUGCGGGAGUCGACGCGUCUCCGUGGUGCCGGCGAGCGAUGGUCUCCGUCACGACUCGGCCGGGUUUAUUCCUUUCCUCAUGGUGGACCUCGGACCGCGGGUUUUCCGGAUCCUGCGCUCGGCCUCAGUUGCACGUGGCCCUCGUCACACUCGAGCGCGGCGUCCUCACCUGUCCUUUCAGCUAACGGAAGUUCCAGGGGUUUCCCGCCUCUCGCCCUUCCUUCUUCGCUGCUCUCCAGUCCACCCGUGGCCUUUCCGCCGCCCCACAAACUGCCCGCGACCAGGCGCGCGCACGGGUCGCCUGCGUCUCCCGUUUCGUCCCAUCGCGGCAGUUGGCACGCACCGCGCGUGUCUCCGCUCCAGCGGGCGGAGUCGCUCGCCAGUGUGGGGCGGGUAUGGUACGAGGCCGAUGGCGACGCAUGGGUCGCGGAGUUCGUGCGGGAGAACGGGCGACUGGGCCGAAAACGCUUUCUCUGCGAGAAGCUGGGGGCCGAGCGCGCGGAGCGCCUCGCGAAGAUGAAGGCUCGGCUUUUGGUGUCUGGAGAGGAGGGACAGCCGAUUUCUCGGCACGAGCUCCUCCUGGUUCAGAGACACCAGCACCUGAUCAGCUUGCAUCGCGAGGGUGAGGCCAGGCUGAAGCGCGAGCGGAGACAGCUGGAGGGCUGCGAAGAGACAGCGAGCGCCGGAGACACCGAUGCGCGGGGCGACCCCGGCGACGGAGACUGGGGCGGCGGCGAGGUGGGGAGGCGAGGCGGGAGCGGCCGGGGCAAGGGAAAGAGACGGCGGAUGGGCGGGCAAGACGGGGCUGAAGGCAGCUCCAGUCACCGGCAGGCCGACGGAGCAACGGGCAAAGACUCAGUGGACCGGUCUCCGGAUCCAUUUGUCGCCGCGCCGUCGCUCUCGUCGUUCUCUUCUGCUUCGACGGAAGAAAGCAGCGAAACAGCCUCGCUGCUCGGCGAGAAGUUCGCCCACGAGAGGCGGGAUUUGGGCCCUUCGGCGUUCGGCUCGAGCCGGGGACCGCCGCAGGGGGCGUCGCCGUACCCGCUGCCUUUGUCUUCAGGGCCGUCCCCGUCGCCCCUGGCAGCCGACGAAAGCAGGGGCGCGCUCGGCUUCCCGCGCGCCCUCGCUGGUUUGACCCGGCAGCCCCGCGAGGAGACACAAGGCCCGUUUGGCGCCGCAGACGGUCGUCGCCCGCCCGUGUCUCCCGCUCUCGUGGCGGCUCACUGGGCGUCCUACCCUGCGCUCCAGUCUUCUCAGUAUUUUCCCCCGAGCUGUUCCUCCGACCGAGCCGGUGCUGGAGCCUUUCCCUGUGGUCCCUUCGCCGCUGGUAUCCCUUCCUUCGCGGGGUGCGACACUGCGCGCGCCGGCUUCCCCUCGGCGCAAGCGUUCGCUCGCGAAUCGAACUUCGCUGGCGGCAGCCCCUUUCUGGCGUCGUUUCCGUCUCCGCCCGUCGCGUUCGCCUCCCCGACCUUCCGCCCCGUGGGCUACCCGCGACAGGCCCCGACCCCCGCUCCGUCUGACUCCGUUCUUCCGGCCCCUGCGCCUCCUCUUACCUUCGCCGCGCAGCAGAGCAUCUGCGUGGAUGCGCUGCUGGCUCUGGCCCGGAGCCGCGCAGCGUCCGCCGGCGCGGGAGCGAGCGACGCAGUGGCCUCGCGGACCUCCGGCGCCUGGCCGUGCUUCAACGCCCUCUUCUCCUUCCUCUCGGAGCGCAGGAUGACUCCAGAGCGACUGGCGCCUUUCUGGGAGGCCUUCCAGCGCCUCUUCGUCUCGAUCGGCUGCGUGGUCUCUGCCUCCGACGUGCCACGCGUCCACAGCCUGGUGAAGAUGGCGGUGGCGAGCAACCCGGGGCUAGGCGAGGCAGUUGCCAUGGACCUCGAUGCUGCGCUUCAACGGGUGGACGCCACGCGUGAGGAGGCGCUCCGCGUUCGAGAGCGAGAGAGCGGCUGUGAGGACGAGGUCGCUCGAGCAAAGGAAGCCACGCAGCGCGACGCCGGAGGGGAGGCGGACGGGGCGCACGAGGGUAAGCGGGACCCGGAGCCUCGGCGAGCCGGGGAAGAAGGCGCGCGCCACGGGGCCGCAGGGCCGAGCCUGCAAGGCGCUCUGGGGAAUGGAACGAAUUUGCGGGACAGCACGACCCACUUGUUUGUCGACGGAGAAGACGACGAAGGCCUCGAAGGCGGCGGCGCAUUCCCUUCGCGGCCGCCAACCAGCCCCAGUCUUCUGACGGCCUCGCCGCCGUUGCCUCUCGGCGCAAGCCCAGCGUGUGAAGCUCACCUGCUGGCGCCGUCGCUGACAGAGGCCUGCGGCGGCGCGGGCUCUGCCUGCUCGGAAGUGAACGAACCGUGUUCGCGUCUCUCCUCGCCGCGAUUCGUCCCGGAAACACGUCACGCACUCCCUGGCCUGUCCACGCGGUCAUCAGGGUGGUUUUCGCCGGGGCAGAACGCCAGGGCCUUCGCCGAGUCCUGCCUCCUGUCCCCGUCCUCGGGCGCGGCUCUCCCCGCACACGCCGACUUGGUGGGGCUCGAGGGCGACGUCCAAGCUCGUGAUGAGCGGGGCGGGGGGCGGCGGAAUGCAGACCUGCCGUCCUGCGAAGAUCUGGGAAGCACUGGACGACGGGAAGACGCGUCUCCGAGAUUUCUCUUGCAUCCGGCGUCGCUUCCGACUCUCUCGCCCUCACAGCUGGAAGACGCCUCGCUCCUGCGUCUCACGUGCAGCGGCGGGGCAAGCGCCAGCGAACCCUUCUUAGGGGAGAAGAAGCAGAAGGAAGACGACGAGACGGCUGCGGUGUGUCCUCUCUUCUCGUAG